AUGCACGCAACGAUCUAUGAAACCAGCUGCAUCACUGCCACCAAAGCCAAACGCGAGGCUCGAGAAUCCCAACUGCACCUACCUCGCGACGUCAACGCUGAAGCACCCCCGAUCUGCCAACGCUGCCAGCGGUCGUUCCGGGUACCAGUCGGCCUUGUAGGACAUCUUCGUACCAUCGGCAGCACACGGACUAUACCAGCUGCUGUCGCCACGUCCACCUCUGGCUCACCCUCCACGCCGACAAAUGACAGUGACCGUACCCCCGAACCCCCACUACUAUCCUCCUCCUCCUCCUGA